UUCUAUACUUACAGCCAACGCGAUUAUGUGACUAAUAUAUUUUUUGUACUUUACAUUAAUAUGUCCAAAAACGAAGAACAUCAAUUACACUGUCCAAUUGAAGUACAAUUUAACAAAAUAUCAUGCUACCAUUAUUAUUUUCUGUUUUUAGUAUUUUCAAGUAAAAUCCCAAUUUUCUGGCAUGUCCUCAAUUUGAUUUUUUUGGCUCCGCCAAUGGAAUACACAUGUGAAGGUGGGGAUACGAGUAAUUCAUCCAAAAACUUGUGUCCAUGCGAUAAGCCUCAAUGGAACAGAAGUAAGUUUACGGAAACAAUGCAGACCAAAUUCCACUUACUAUGUGGAAACGCCUGGAAUAUUAGCUUCUCACAUAUUAUGAUGUAUACCGGAUUUUUAGCUGGAGCCAUGUUAUUUGGCUAUUUAUCAGAUAGGAACGGUCGGUUAUUAUCUUUUUCGUCGUCUUGCUUGCUAAUGGCCCUAUCUGGUUCUUUUGUUAGUAUAAUGCCAACGACUACAACCUAUACCCUCAUGCGCACAAUAGAAGGCAUCGGAACCGGCGGUGCUAUCAUUACUUCUUACGUUCUUUGCAUCGAGUAUAUUGGAACGAAAUAUAGAGAAAUAAUAACAGCACUGUUCAACAUUCCUGUCAACAUAGGUCAUAUGACUUUACCACUAAUUUCAUACUUACUGCCGCAUUGUGACCAGUUCCAAUUGGCAAUUUCAAUCCCGAUAUUCUUCUAUGCGUUCCUACCAUGGAUGGUUAUGGAAUCGCCGAGAUGGUUACUGGAUAGCGGUCGACAUAAUAAAGCUAUUAUUGUUAUGGAAAAUGUUGCCAAAUUCAAUAAACAACCGUAUGAAGACAUAAGAGACCAAAUUGAAGAAUACCUUACUAAGCGUCCACCUGGAACAAAAACGAAUUUAAAGUUCUAUCAAAUCUUUAGGCACAAAACAAUGUCUCUAAUACUAAUAUACCUAUCAAUAAUAUAUUUUUUAUGUGGAAUGGGAUAUUAUGGAGUGUCACAAUUGAUCGGAAAAAUGAGUGGAGACAUUCAUAUAAAUGUAGCGAUUUCAGGCGCUUUAUUGUUGCCAGGAACGAUUUCUUCAAUAUUUCUGUUAAAAAUUUUAAACCGCAAAACAAUGCUCAUGUUUUCUAUAUUUCUGUCUGGGUUGUUCAUGAUCAUUUCGGUUUGCAUUCCAUUCACCUACAACUGGAUAAGAGUGAUUAUUGCGUGCAUCUGCAAUUGUUUCUUCUUUAUUUCAUUCAUUGUUGUUUUUCUUUAUGGCGUCGAAUUAUUUCCCACAUCAGUAAGAAAUUCAGUUUUAGGUUUUUUAUCGGUUUUGUCGAGAAUCGGACAAAUCGUUGCUCCUCUUGUAAAUACUUUGUCAGAAAAUGUGGCAGGGGCGGUGUUCGGAGGUUUUGCUUUAAUUGGAUCUCUAUUUUGUUUUUUACUGCCAGAAACAAAAGACACUGAAUUACCAUCUUCUCUAGAGGACACUAAACGUCUCACUAAAAAGGUAAAACAACGAGGUAGUAUUCAAAUAAAUUCCGAAAAUAAUACCUGAUGGAGUAUUUAUAUUUUCUAUAUGUAUUUUAAUUUCUGGAUUGAUUAUUACACACUUUACUAAAUACAAAAUACUUUUAAUCUAUGCUAUCGACC